AACCCCCCGCGAUUGGACGGAGCCCACAGCGACCCCCCCCCGGCUGCGAGGAGACAAUGGCCCCCAAGAAGGCGAAGCGCCGCGCGGCCGAGGGCAGCUCCAACGUCUUCUCCAUGUUCGACCAGACCCAGAUCCAGGAGUUCAAGGAGGCCUUCACGGUCAUUGACCAGAACAGGGAUGGGAUCAUUGACAAGGACGACCUGAGGGAGACCUUUGCCGCCAUGGGCCGUAUGAACGUGAAGAACGAGGAGCUGGACGCGAUGAUCAAGGAGGCUUCGGGCCCCAUCAACUUCACCGUGUUCCUGACCAUGUUCGGGGAGAAGCUCAAGGGUGCGGACCCCGAGGACGUCAUCAUGGGGGCGUUCAAGGUGCUGGAUCCCGAUGGGAAGGGAACCAUCAAGAAGAGCUUCCUGGAGGAGCUCCUGACCACCCAGUGUGACCGGUUCACCCCUGAGGAGAUCAGGAACAUGUGGGCCGCCUUCCCCCCCGACGUGGCCGGCAACGUGGACUACAAGAACAUCUGCUACAUCAUCACCCAUGGGGAGGACAAGGAGGGCGAGUGAGGGGGGGCACGCACCGGGACCCCCCAUUGCCUGCAAUGG